GUAAAGGUGUGUGUGUGUGUGUGUGUGUGUGUGACUGAGUCAGAGGGUGUAGACUCUCCCUCUCUCUCUCUCUCUCUCUCAGGUGUGAAGGAUCUACAGGUGAGUCUCAGCUCCACCUCAUCAGCGCUCCAUCUCAACACGCAUGCGCGGUAGCCUCAAACCCGGACGCAGCUUGGUGGAACUGAAAGUGUUGAGAGCCAGGCUUGUGCUCCAGGGGCAGAGCAGCAGCAGGAGGAGCAGAACUGGGUCACUGGCUUGGAGAUGCAGUUUGGUAUUCAACCCUGGUCAGACAUGGACGACUCUGGAGCUUCCUACCUGGCCUUUAACGAUUUUAACCGCAAUAGCAGCUCGCUGUGGGCGGAGUCACUGGCCCAUCAGGAGCGUCAGAAGGUGGAGAGCUUCAGGAGGAAACUGAAAUACUUCUUCAUGAACCCCUGCGAGAAGUACCGAGCUCGCGGCAGGAAGCCCUGGAAGCUGAUGCUGCAGAUCAUCAAGAUCGCCGUCAUCACCAUCCAGCUGGUGUCUUUCGGCCUGAGUAAUCAGAUGGUGGUGACGUUUAAGGAGGAGAACCUGAUGACCUUCAAGCACCUGUUCCUGAAGGAUUACAGCGACCAGAACACUAAGGAGUACGAUCGCAGCGCUAAAGCUUACGCCUUGUACACGCAAAACGAGGUCUACACACACCUGUCCUACAUCGUCCAGCAGUUCCUGCGUUUGCAGAACAUAACAGUGGGGAACCAUGCGUACGAAAAGGACGCGCAUCUCUACACUCCUCUGCUCAUCUGCCAGCAGUUCUACCGCAACGGCAGCAUCUCGCCCGGCAACGAGACCUUCGAGAUCGACGCCAAGGUGGAGGAAGAAUGCCUGGAGAUUUAUCCGGCCCAGCCGUUACCCCCUGUAGGAGACACACUCCUGUCCAACUUCACACUGCAGUUCAAACGGUUGCUGGAGGUGAACGUGUACUUCACCCUGAAGGCCAUUAACCUGCAGACGGUGCAGCACCACGAGCUCCCUGACUGCUACGACUUCAGCAUCGUGAUCACCUUCGAUAACCGCGCCCACAGCGGCCGGGUCAGGGUGGACCUGGACAACGACGUGGACAUCAACGAGUGCCGGGACUGGAAAGUCACAGGAGCCUCCCCUAAGAACAUCUACUACACGGUGCUGUUCGACGUGGUGAUCAUCCUCACCUGCCUGGCGUCUCUGAUCCUCUGCACGCGCUCAGUGAGCACCGGGGUUCAGCUGCAGUUUGAGUACACCACCUUCUUCCUGAAGCAUUAUGGGAAGCGGGUGUGUUGGUCCGACCGGAUGGAGUUUAUUAACGGCUGGUACAUCCUCAUCAUCAUAAGCGACAUCCUCACCAUCACCGGCUCGGUGCUCAAAAUCGCCAUCCAGCUCAAAGCUUUGACGAGUUACGACAUCUGCAGCAUCCUCCUGGGCACCGGCACCAUGCUGGUGUGGAUCGGCGUCCUGCGCUACAUGGGCUACUUCAAGAAAUACAACAUCCUGAUCAUCACCCUGAGAGCGGCGUUCCCUAACGUGAUCCGGUUCAGCUGCUGCGCCGCCAUGAUCUACCUGGGCUACUGCUUCUGCGGCUGGAUCGUACUCGGACCCUACCACGAGAAGUUCCGCACCCUGAACACGGUGUCCGAAUGCCUGUUCUCGUUGAUUAACGGGGACGACAUGUUCGCCACCUUUAAGAACAUGCAGCAGAAGAGUUACCUGGUGUGGCUGUUCAGUCGGGGUUACCUGUACACCUUCGUCUCGCUCUUCAUCUACAUGGUGCUCAGUCUCUUCAUCACACUAAUCACGGACACCUACGAGACCAUCAAGCAGCAGCUGGACGGAAACCCAGUCUCUGAGCUCCAGGCUUUUAUCUCCGAGUGUAAGGAUCACCCGAACUCGGGAUGUUACCGCGUGGACGAGCGAUCCUCUCCCUGCCUCUUCUGCUGCACUCGGAGGCUCAGUGACCUGCACGAGAGACUGGAGUGUUAAACAUGGGGCGGAGACGUCACGCUCCUGAAGAGUUCAUCCUUAAAGUUCGAUCUGUUUACAUUCACCAUUACAUUAAAAUAAAACAAACAGACAAUCGAGGAGCCUGUGUAGUGCUUCACACCACCAGGUCGAGACGCGUUAAACAGCACUUGCAGCUCUCCCAUCUGAAUAAACUCAAUAAACGUUUGUUACAUCAUAAAUAA